AAACGCGGUCUGCGCCAGUGAGCAACGUAGAAAGCCUGGGCCAGCUUUUGAUGGAGCUCAGUUUUUGAAGGCUGCAAGCCGAACAAAACAUUCAACCACUCCAUAUCCGACAAAGUCCGACAGCAACUUUACGCAUCUUAUCCCUUCUUCAUCAGUUGCUUGCGACAAGGCCACAGGAAAUAAAAAGUACAAGCUAGACAACUAUAAUUGCAUCUCCGGCGCGCAUCCCUCCCGGUCAAUACUCCUCGUCGCCGUUUGUUUUCGGUCCCUCGAUUUGCGACCUUCCGUUUGUCUCCCUACCUUACGCGUUCCAUUCGACCAGAUAUAUCACUUUUCAAUGUUUUCAACCGCCACUAAGCCCGCGGGGCAGAACAUCUUCGGUAAUAGCAUGUUUGCGCAACCAGCUGCCAGUCAACAGCAGCAGCAACAGCAGCAGGCGCAACCACAAGCGCAACAACAAGCACCUUUGGCGCUAGGGCAGACUUUGACCAACUCGACCCAACAGUUGGGCAGCUCAAUAUGGCAACCUGGGAGCCAGACAAACUUUCAGAAGCCAAUUCCUGAUCAGAUCAAGCUCAUCACCGAGAAAUGGGACCCCUCGAACCCCAACUGCGUUUUCCGCACCUAUCUCUACAACAAGGUUGACGAGCACGCUGUACCACACUACCACCCCGGUCCUCAGGACGACCCCAAGGAAUGGGACGAGGCUCUUCGUAACAAGCCUGCGGCCAACUUCAUGCCCGUUCUCUGCGCUGGCUUCCCAGCUAUCGUUGCGCGCCUAACGUUGCAACGAAGGGCCCUUGCCGAGUUCAACAACAAGCUCCAUGCCAUCAACGCCAGCUUAGACGCGAUUCUUUCUCGUCACGAUUUGGAGCACUCUGUUCGUGCGCUCAAUGCGCGGAGGAAGCAUGCGGAGCAGAGCAGGCGUUGCUUGGUUUUGGCCGCCAAGGUCCAGAUUCUGCGCAACAGGGGUUACGCGCUUUCUGGCGAUGAGGAUCAGCUCAAGCAGAAGCUUCAGAAGAUCGACAAGGACCUGCAGGACCCUGCUUUGAGCGCGCGGUUGGAGGAGUUGUGGAGCCGUCUUAUCAUUCUCAGGCAGUAUGCCGACAGCCUCAAGGACGAGAUCAACAAGCCUGGCGCUCUUGAAAAUGGGGGCUUGAGCGAGGAUGUGGAGGCAAAGGCGAAGAAGAUCCUCGAAGACUACGACAAGCAACUUCAGCACCUUAGAAAGCAGGUUGAGGAAGCCAAGAAGGACUUUGACGAGUGGGAAAAGGAACACAAGCCAGCACCGGCUCCGUCAAAGAAGGCACGCUAGUCACAUGCUACACCUGAAUCGGCGAGGCUUACGACACGGUUUCACUAGGCUGUGUUGGUUUUCCAGUCUAGGGGCUCUAUUGCAUACUUCAACACGCAAGGAAGUUGUAGGGAAAAAAUAGGACGAGACCUGGGCAGCACGGCGAAGGCGUUGGUGUGGAUACGGAUCUUUCGUAGAGUGUUGGUACUCAAAAUUAGGGCAUAAUAUUCGCCUUGUCAUCAUGAAUCUAUGGACCCCUCGUGA